GCCAUUUUCUAAGCGUCUCUCCCUGAAACGAGAGAAAAAGCCCCGCGCCGCACGGCCGUGUGGACCGCCCGCUCCUCGCCGGGAGCCGGACAUUCUGUUUUCCUGCCCAACGUCGAGUCGCGGAUUCGCCCCCGUUCGGAAGCGGAGUCGUCGCCGGACGACGGAUCGCGUCGCGGCCUUUCUAUUUCGCCGUGGCGGCGGCGAGGCGACGGCGAAGAUCGUUGAUUCGCCCAUUGCCUCCGAAUCCGGAACGAAGCCGAGCGGCUGCCGUGAACCGGGGCCCCCCGUCAGGCGGCGCUUUUUUUCGCGGGCGGAGGUUAAUUCAUGGCGGAUUGAUCAUCGAUUAAACCGCGCGUUUGUGUUUGCGCCCCUUCUGCUGCUUCUUUUUUUUUUUUUUUUCACCAAAAAACUGCAGGGGGAUUGUUGCCGAAAUUCCCUCGGAGUGCGACCUCGUCACGUGGCUGUCCUCAGGUGGGGCAGUAAGCGGGUGGUGUGGAGCAGGCCGCGGUGCCCGUCCCUCUGCACUGCAUGGCUGCGAUGGCGCCCGCUCUCACCGACGCCCCAGCCGAAGCUCACCACAUCCGCUUCAAACUGGCUGCCCCAUCCUCAAGUCUCUCACCGGCCAGUGCAGAGAACAACGGUAACGCCAGCAACAUCCUCAUCCACAGCAGCGGCCCCGCAAAGUGCAAGGCCGCCCCCGAAGAGUGCCCUCUUGACUUUUGUGGCGUCGACCAGGAGCAGCAGCAGCAGCAGCAGCAGCAGCAGCAGCAGCAGCCCCAAGCCGACUCUGUGGCACAGGCCUCGGCUCUGGGCAAACUCCAGCCACUGGUGGCUUCUUACCUAUGCUCUGAUGUGACACCUGUCCCUUCAACUAAGGAGUCAAUCAAGCUGCAAGGAGUCCUCAUCAAACAAUCUGUGUUGAAAAGCCACAGAAUACUGCCCACAUCCCUGCUCAACGGCGGAGGAGACUUCCUGUUGCGGAAGAGGCAGGCGAUUGAACUCUCUGGCAGCCAGCUCAAAAGCCUCAUGAGUGGCAGCACGAACGGAGGUGGCCAGGCCAUGACGCCGGUCAAUGGCCUGGCGAAAAAGCUGGCCACGAUGUCUGGCUCUGGCUGUGUGGUGGCAGUGAACGGUGACAAACCUUCUGCCACCACAGACUCUCAGUCCCAGAACCUGCCCUUGGACUCUCAGACCUUGACGGCUACUUUAUCAGGGCACAUCCCGGUGAAAGGAACCCUAAAACAGAAGCAUUCCUCUGGGGUUUCUCAAAAUACAGAUGGAAGAAACAUUGAGCCCUCCGUGCUUCAGUCUGCUGCACUUUCCCCCUUUACCCACGACAACCCCAACGAACAGGUAAAUUUAGAGGAGGCUUACUCACACAUGCCUAGCAGUCAGCCACAGGGCUCUGACAGGGAGAAACCAGGAAGCAGCCUGCAGGGAUCCCCGUCCUGCACACCUGCACCUCCCCUGCCCUGUACUUCCUCCUCGGACAGCCUUGACGCUCACGUCAGGGAGCGCACACUUCUCAACAGCAGCCGCCAAGCUGAGAUCGAGAACCGGCUAAGGCGCUUGCGCAAGCGUCUUCAGGUGGUGCAGGCCAAGCAGGUGGAGCGGCACAUUCAGCAGCAGCUCGGCGGCUUCUUGGACUCGGCGCUCAGCCGGAUACUGGCCGGCAACCGCAAAUCGGAGACAGCUACCCCCACGGCGACGUGGAGGACCGGACGCCACUCGUCCUCGAACAACAGAGACGGCCUCGGCCGCUUCCUGAAAAGCGGCUCCACGCCCCUGGAACUGGAGCGGCUGUAUCUGAGCGGAUCGGCCAACCUGCACUCGGCAGAAAGCGCCUUCGACUCCGACGUGACAGAAAGUAGCUCUGGCGGAGACUCGGACCUGGAGGAGGAGGAGCUGGCCAGAGUGGACAUUGAACAGCGUCAUGUCAAAAUAUGGAAGAGGGCGGAGAGCCGCUACACGGUGGAGCGAGCGGCCAUCAUCAGCCACUGGAACUGGCUGCAGGCCCACAUCUCGGACCUGGAGUACCGCAUCCGACAGCAGACGGACAUCUACAGACAGAUCCGCGCCAGCAAGGGCUUAGUGGAGCUGGGAGGCGGUUCCCCCGGCGUGGCGCCUGCAGGUGGGACGGCGGUGAAGGUUGAGCCGCUCAGUAGUCAGGACGUCGGCUCAGAGCGGCUGGAGCACACUGGCCCCGCCCACUUCGCCAACACGGAGGCCGGGCCGUGGAAAGGUCAAAACGGACAACCGGUGAACGGCGUCCUCAGCAGGAUGUCGGACCAGCAGCCGUCGGCCCACGACAGCACGUGUGUCUCCGCGCGGACUCGACCACUCGUCGGCUGUCGACGACGUCGCCUCAUUCAGCCCAACACGGUGCCCAACCUCCACGGCAAGGCGCCGAGGAGCAGCUGUGUCCAGUGUAACUGCCGGCUCAACCCCAGCUGUGUGAUGUGCGGUGGCUGGUCCACCCCCAGAGAGGAGCCUCAGUACGAGCUGCCCACCCUGGAGCGCCUGUCGAGGCUGGAUCUUGGCGUCCACCCCAUCCUCUCCUUCCCCGACGACGUUUGUAUCGGCCUUCGUCUGCAGCAGGUGAUGAAGAGCCAGUGGCAGACCAAGUCGCUGGAGCGGAGCAAACCGCUGAAGAAGCUCUCGCUCAAACACAAGCUGUCCUCGUCCAAAGAGAAGCACAAGUUCACCAACUCGCUCAUGGCCGUCAGUGUUGCAGGACUGGGCCACUACAAGAACCGCGCUGAGAAGCCGAGGACGGUGGACGGCGUGGGCGGCGGUGGCGUGCUGAACGCCGCCAGGCUGGAGGGCCAGGCCGUGUGCAAGACGGAGCGGCUGCAGACGCUCGCCACCGCGUUGGGGCCCUUCGACAAGAACUACAGCCGCAAGAGAUUGAGAGAGCCGUCGCUGGACCGAGCCGACACCUCCCCUAAACUUUUCCUGGACUCGAGCAGCACCUGCCCAACUCUGGCCAACAUGCACUCGUCCCUCCACAGCCCGCUGACACGUCAGCUGUCCACGUCUUCAGACAACUCCACGCCGCUGGGCCCCGGCGGCCAGAGCGUCCCCAGCACGCCCCAGCAGCAGCAGCAGCAGCAGCCCAUCAAGAGGAGACGAGGUGAAAGCUCCUUCGACAUAAACAACAUCGUCAUCCCCAUGUCUGUGGCCGCCACCACCCGAGUGGAGAAGCUACAAUACAAAGAGAUUCUCACCCCGAGUUGGCGAACGGUGGACAUCUUCUCUCAGCCGAUAACUGAAGAGGACGACGAGCGGGAGGUGGAGGACCUGACGGACGCCGCCUUCAUCCAGCUCCACCAGCCCCACGAGGACCAGGAGCGAUCUCGCUGGACCUGGAUGGCAUUGGCUCCGGCAAAGAGGCGAGGCAGCAGGUCGUACAAGUCCGUGGACGGGCGGACCACGCCGCUGCUGUGCGGCACCAACCCCCCCACCCCACAGCCCGCAUCCCCGGACCCGGGACACUGCCCGCUGCUCCACGAAUACAGCCACGUGCCCUCGCCCAUGAGCCCGCCCAGCCCCGACACCACCUCCAACCCCCACACGCCCUGCUCACGGGACUCCCACCGCCUACUGUCCAGCGAGGACACGCGCUGCUCCACGCCAGACUUCACCUUCGAGGAACGGACGGUGGCGCCGUGGGAGCGCCGCAGCUUCCCGAUGCCAGAGGACCCGCCGCUGGAGCCCGAGCCGGAGGGCGACCUCCUCCACAUCCGGCCCAGAAUGCGCAGCAUCUCAGGUUGCCGAGCGACGGCCUACGGGCGUCUGGACUCGGACGACAUGGAUCCGCCUUGCGGUGACGACGACGGCAGCGGCGGGGGCCUCGGCCCCAAACUGAAGGGCUCCGCCCACCGAUGAAUGACUGACAGGCUGAGGUCGGCCGGCCCCGCCCUGCCCCCACACAGCCCAGCCUCCCGACCCCCCACCACCACUGCUCCUCUCUGGCAUUAACAAGCAGAACCUCAAAGCAGAAUAAAGAUAUUAAAUGGGUUCCUGUUGUUUGAUAUUCAAACAUCAGUCUAAUACUUUCACAGUUUUUAGUGAACAUUAUGGAGAUAGAAGCCUUUUCCCUACACUUGUUUUUGUCACAGGAAAAAAAGGAUAAAUGUAAAAAAAGAUAAAAACGUUUAAAAAAAAGUCCAAAAAAAGCUAUAAAACAACACGUUACAAAAAGUGAUUUCUGUAGUAGACUAAACAAUGUACAUGGGGCGUAGUGGUGAUUCGUACGUGGCGUGUUCACUCGUAGCGCACUAUGUAGCGGACUCCUCAACAAUAUGGCCAAAGGGUGUUUUCUAUCGACUAGUUUGCUUGUAAUUCCCAUGUACAUUUUUAGUGGAGUGACAAAUAACAAAACAAGAAAAAAUACCCCCGCCCCCUUUCCUCCCAGCCCCGCCCCCCUCAUCCAAACAAACAGGUACAUUUGAGAUGUGGCUCCUCCCCCCUCGUCCCCCUAGAGGUCGCCUGAAAACCACCAGAGCACUUCUCCAACUGCCAAGUCUCGUUAUGUCGCUUUGCUUCCCUUCGUCUUUCUUUUCUUGUCCAUUCCUGAACAUGUUUGAUUUGUAUUUGUUCCGUCUGUUCCAGCGUAACAACACAUUCUCGCCUCUCUCUCUCUCUGUUUUUCCUUUUCUGGAGUAGUUUAAAAAUCAUUCCUCGUCGAACCGUCUCGUCCCCGCAGGCUCUUCACUCUUCUGUUGUCGCUUUGUUUUGUUUUUUUAAAAAGAGGGUGACGGCGAACAGAACAGAACCGGACCGGGGGGGCGUCUUUAUGAGCACUUGCCCCUUUUUUCAGGAAGCGCUGCUGCAUGCUGGGGGAAAAAAAACAUGCUGAUGUUUAGCACACAGACUUCCCACUCGUUGGAGAGGGGGCGGGGGGGGUGUAACUCGUCACCAUCUGUUCCGUUUCACUUUUCCUCCGUCUUUGCUGUAUCACAAAAAGUCAAACUGUGGCAAAAAAUAAAGACUUAAAAAUAAAACACACACCCCCAAAACUUUUAUUUCCUCUGGUUCCCCUUCGUCCUGCAGAACGUCUCCGAUGUAGCAGCUCCUCUCCGUCAGACGCCGCCCUGAGCUCAGGUUCUUCAAGUGAAGGGAAUCACGUUUCUCUGCCGUUCAAUAGUUUCACUCUCAAAAAGAAUCGGAUCCAGACGUUUGUGUCGCAGGGCGAACUCCCUCGUCCAUAUAACCACACUCUGCCCGCCCCUCUCCCCUCCUCCCUCCCUAAUUGCUAUGCAAAAAAAAAAAAUCCUAUGGUUGUUUCAUUUGACACCUCUUUUUAUGCCGCAGCCAUUCAAUCACUGUUUUUUUCCUCUUUUCUUUUGUAGUUGAGCGAAGAUGUCGAUGUACCUGUUCGAUUGUUGCAGCAGUUUAACCUAAUCAAAAAGCAAGACUUGUUUUUUCUUUUUUGUAAAUAGUACCAUUAAAACAUUUAUGUUUAACUUGG